UUAAAAUUUUUUUAUAAAGCUGCUUUUCCCGGAAAGUGUUUUCCUCCAGCUUCCUACCUCCAGGACAGCCCCUCCUCCUUGGGGCUUGAUGAAUCUGUUUCCAAGGCUACGGAUAACAAAACACUUUAUAAUCGAUGUCGCUGAGCUGGAGACAGUUAAGUAACAAGCUAAAUUUGUAAAAUAUGAAAAUAAUUAGCUCUAGCUGGUAAUAUUAACCCUUUAAGUUAUCAAAGUAUAAAAGUAGGAGUUUGGCCACUCUUGAAAAAUAAAAUAGUCUCUAUUUCGCUGGAUAACAAUAACCGAGAACUAUGAAACUGGGCUCCGGCUCCACGUCUUCCAGUGGCAAAACCUACCUCGGCCGGUACCGCUCACUGGCUCCAGGCUCUCACGUAGAUGAAGAUCUGUUUGGGAGCCAAAAACCGGGACGGUUAGACAAACAGGAAAAAUCAGCAAGAGAAGCAAAGGAUUGUUCACAGAAGAACAAGGAAGGAGAGACUUUUCAAAUCAUCACCAAAGACCUCAUCCGCAAUGUCAGGAUCCCCCAGAGAGAUCAUUCAAGAGAGUCCCUCUUCCUUCCUCCAGCUGAGUUUGAGCGGAUCACCUCAAGGAUGCUCCUCAAGGAGGACCGAGAGGCCUUGAAGCAGGCUUACCAGAGAAAGAAAGAAGAGCAACGUAAAGCUGCAGAUGAAAGGAAACAUAGAAUCCACGAGGCAGACCUGUCCCGUAAGCAGAACCAGCCGCUGACUGACCUGGAGAUCGAAGCCCAGGAACGUGCACAGCACCUGGUGGAGCAGAGUAAUGCUUUAAGGAUGGAACAGGAAGAUGAGAUCAAACAACUCAACCAGCUGAUGCUAGGUGCUAAGUGUCAAGCCACGUGUGAUGCCCAGAUCCAGGAGAAGAAGCAGAUCCAGAAAGAGUGGGCAGAGGAGGAGAGGCGUCUGGACAACAUGAUGGAGGUGGAGCGCCGCAAAGCUUUGGAGACUUUGGACAAAAUUGAAGGGCUGCGCAGGCAGCAGAGGAUCAAAGGAAGGCAGGAAAUUUAUGAUCAGAUCCAGUGGCGCCUAGAGGAGCGAGAACUCAUGGAAGAAGUGAAAAAGAGAGAGAGUUGGCAGAUACGGGAAAACCAGGAGAGAAUGAACCUGGAGGACCUCAAGGCGCUGGAGAAGAAGAGGAUGGAGCAACAGCUUCUGCAGGAGGAGAUCAAGCGCAUCAAUGCUGAGACCAUGCGGGCAAAAAAGUGGAGGAUGGAGGAGGAGAAGCUGGCUGACAUGAGAGCGAAGGAGUAUAUCCAAAAAAAACAGGAGCGGGAGGCAGAAUAUGAAGCAGAGCAGAGACGAAUGAAGAAGGAGAAACAGUUGGAGAUUGGUCGUUUGAGGGCCCAGCAAGAAAAAGACAGGGACUACAAGGCUGAGCAGGAUGAGCUCCGUGCUCGCAGGAACCAAGAAGCCGCAGAGAGGGAAUGGAGGAGAAAAGAGAGGGAGCGGGCUGCACAGAAAGCCCAGCUGGAAGCGAUGCUGAGGUCGGCUCACGUGGAGCAGGUUCAGUACAAAGAGCGCAAUCUGUCAGUGGAGGCUGGCCGGGAGAAGGCCGAGUUUGAGAGGCUGUUGAAGGUUCAACAGGAAGCGACAAUCAAAGAGGAGACGCAAAAGGAGAGGCAGCGUCAGAAAGUGCAGCAGCAUGCGCAGGCCAUCCGACAGCAGAUGAAGGAACGGGAGAUCUCGAUCUUGGCUAAGCGCAAAGAGACCUUCAAGGAGGCUGAAGGGCUGAAAGAGGAAGCCCGGCAGAGACGUAUACGCCUUGAUGAGAUCAAACAGAAGAAGCUCCAGGAGCUCAAGGCUACAGGACUGUGUGAAAAGUACUGCAGACAGUUGGAAAGAAAGGUCCAGAACUGCGUAAGCUGAUCAUCUGACCACUGGAUUCACACUAGAACGAGUGAGAAGCUCUCAUCUGGUCCCUCCAUCACAUUUAUGGUCUAAUUUAACACGUUUCAAUUACAAAUGUAAGUUAAAUGAAAUAUAAAGGAAUGUAACAAUAGACCAAUAAAAUACUAAUAUAUUUAA